CUAUGGUAGAAGUUCAGCUAGACGCAGAACACGACUACCCUCAAGGUCUCUUGAUAGCCUUCAGUGCCUGUACUACUGUCCUUGUUGCAGUUCACCUUUUUGCACUCAUGAUAAGUACCUGCAUCCUUCCAAAUAUAGAGGCUGUUAGCAAUGUGCAUAAUCUCAACUCUGUAAAGGAAUCUCCUCAUGAGCGUAUGCAUCGGCACAUUGAGCUUGCGUGGGCCUUUUCUACUGUCAUUGGGACUUUGCUCUUUCUUGCAGAGGUAGUGCUACUGUGUUGGGUGAAGUUUCUUCCUUUAAAGAAGAAAACUGAUAAUGCACUCCAGAGCAACUCCAGUUCUACCAUCACAUCAGGACAGGCAGCAGCCAUUGCAUCAACGUCUAUUAUGGUUCCCUUUGGAUUGAUUUUCAUUGUCUUUGCAGUCCACUUCUACAGGUCACUGGUGAGCCAUAAAACAGACAGGCAAUUUCAAGAACUGAAUGAACUUGCUGAAUUUGCACGGCUCCAGGAUCAGCUGGAUCACAGAGGUGAUACUGUCUCCUCAGCUGUUACCCAUUUUGCAUAAACCUGUACUUAAAGAAAAUAAACCCACUAUUCUGCUUCUGCC